AUGGGGACUGACUACAACAUUUCAGAAGUCAUGGGGACUGACUACAACAUUCGAGGAGUGAUAGAGACUGACUACAACAAUGGGGUAGUGGGUCACGAGCUUCAUGCCGGCAGGUACGCGUGGCUGGUGGCGGGCAUGGUAUUUAGUGUUAACCUUGUGACUGCUGGCUACGUCAAGAGUUUUGGCAUCCUCUACAUCCUGGUGCUGGAUUAUUUCCCCGACAUCUCAGGUGCUGCUGCGGGAUGGGUCGUUGGUCUGCUCGUAGGCUGCCGGGGACUACUUUCACCGGUGAUGGGGGCGCUGACGGUGGCGGUGGGGCCCAGGGUGUGUGUGUUGGCUGGGACCCUCCUGGCCGCCGGCGGCCUCCUCCUCGCCGUCCCAGCCUUCUCCAUAUUCUACAUGGCCUUCACUCUCGGUGGACUUGUGGGUACAGGCCUUUGCAUGAGUGAGACUCCGGGGUUUUUGACGGUGACUGAUUACUUCCAGGAGAAGAGAGCUCUGGCUAAUGGAUUACGCGCAGCAGGUAACCCCAUGGGAGGGAUCCUGUUCCCUCCGUUAGUAGUCUUCUUGCAUCAUCAUUUUGGCCUCAGGGGUACCUUCAUGAUGCUCGCGGGCAUUAUGUUGCAGAUGCUUGUGUUUGGCUUACUUAUGAGGCCGUUUGAGUUACACAAAACUAUUAUCUACGAGAAAUACAAGAGACAGAUUAAAAAAAAUCUUCAACGAGGAGAUGUGGAUAACACUGAGGCUACAGCUGCUCGCCUGAAAGUGCUGGAGUCGGGAUCGAAAAAGAAACCGCUAGAUUUCACUGUUUUUAAGAACCCGGCCUAUGUGAUGUACCUAGUAAUGGGUAUGUUUGCCAAUGCUGCAAUGCCGAAUGCUCUGUUUUACUCUCCGGUGUACGGUAAAUCUAUCGGGCUGAGUCCGUAUGAAAAUUCAAUAGUCGCGUCGUACGUAUCUGGCUGUGACUUUUGCAUUCGACUUUUGUGUGGCUGGAUCACUAACAUGAACCUAUUCAAGACGCGCUACGCCUUUAUUGCCGGGCUAAUGUCGGGCGGGGCAGGGUGCCUGCUAGUGCCUCUCUGCUCCAGGCUGUGGCACCUUAUGGCCGCUUCCACCUUACAUGCCUUCUGCAUGGCUUCCUUCUGGACCCUCAUCAGCGUGUUGUUGGCAGACCAGUUUGGACCUGAUGCGAUGGCCUCUACCUGGGGGUUCUUCCGGAUGACUCAAGGAGUCUGCAGCUUUUUCUACCCAACCAUUAUUGGUAUGUUGCUGGACGUGUCUGGGGGAAUGGUAGUGCCUUAUCUGGUUAUGGGUUCCAUGCUGCUGCUUGCUGCCUCUGUGAUGAUGCUCCAGCCUCUCGUCGCCAGACUUCCCGGCUCCAAGAUCAAUCUCGAUUAGCAUAAUUAAUUCAUUGUGUCGGGGGACAGGAAGCCGGAGUGUAUUCAUAUGUAACGUACGUUUAUGUUACGUUGUUGGGUAGAUUAGAUACACA